AACGUUGACGAUAUGCUCUCCCCAACAGAGAAGGCCAACGAGAUUGCUUAUGUCAGGUUCAUAUCAAAAAAUCAUUUGGACAGACCGGUAGCCCAGAGAUUGACUCGUAAUUUGGAGAAGGGUUCGAAGUUAAAUUAGAGGGUAUGCGUCAUCGCUAAAGUCGGCCAUCGACGGAGGAUCCGGAGAGGCAUGGAUCAUUUUCGGAGCUCGGCAGCCGGUCAUCAUCCGUAUUAAGACUAUCGUGAUCCUAAACUUUGAAUUCUCCCCAUCAGUGCUUUCUCUUCCUCCUCCUCCUCCUCCUCCUCCUUAAGCCCAUUUGUCCUUCGCGGACAACAUUGCAAUCGUCUUCAUAGAGAUUAAUAUUCGCAUCAAUCAUGUUCACGGACCAUCUUCAUGAUCGUGAGCAUAAUCAUUGUCGCCACCAUGUCGAUCAUAGUCGUUAUGUUGCCUUCAUUAUGGGACGACGAACACGAAGUGGAAAUGCCAGCGAAGCCAGCCAGCUUGCUUUUAUGUUGUGAUUUUUCUCGUGCUUGCAUGAAGAGUUAAACUCCCUUUUUACCCCAUGAACGGGUACUAGUAAACAACCACUACCAACCACUACUACUCGUAGAGUACUAGCCCGAGGAGAUACAUCUCAGUAUCGGCAAUACAUCUCAGUAUCGGCAAGAUAUCUAGCUACUCGGCAAGACAUCUCAGUAUUGUACUAGCCCGAGGAGAUACAGCACGACUGAGCAAAUUCAUUCACUACCAUCUGCUGAAACGUAACUAAUCCAUUCCGUAUCGUACUUUUGUCAAAAAAUAACACCCUUCACUACUAGCGGUAGAAGUGGUCGUUAACCCAGCAUUACUAAUCUUGACAUUUAAUUAAAAACUAGCUAGUCACAGAGAGAAGGAGUGAACGAAGAAGCCCCGUGCUGGGUAUAUCAUCGUUAUCAAAAAAAACGAUAGAAGCUGGAAAAGGGGUUCGAGUGUUCCCUUCAAAGUAAAGUAAAAUAUAGUAAAGUAGGAAGAGGAAGAGCAGGUAAACAAGAGAUGCGCCACUUCUUGUCUAGAAGUAUGAUUGACCCUCGCUCUCACUUUGAAGAUUCUUAUGACUUGAAAAUCGACAGCUCAUUCUAAUACCCGAGGAGGAUGCGGAACCUGAGGGUGAGGAGCCCCAACAGAAUCCCGGCAGGAGGCAGCAACUCGCUCUAUGAAAACUCCUAUAUACAAAAAUAAGUACUAUUCCAAGUCCAGACUUCGAGGAGAAGACUGAGUAAAAACUACAGGAAGUUGUACUUAGCUAUCAAUAUAAGUUUUGAAGCAACGGAGGUCGAGUUAGCACUUAGAAGAUGAAUGAGUAAGUACUUGAAUGAAGCAACCGUGUUGAUGAAAUCCCGAGGAGAGGUCCGACUUGGUGAUGAGCAGGAGGGUUCUGCAUAAAAACUAGAUCAGGGACACAGCUAUGCACCGCGUAAGGUAGUAAACCGUCAGGGAAAUGAUCUUAGGCACCUUACCACAUGAGUAGACUCAAUUUCAAGCCAAUUAAACUUUUUGUCAGUCGCCACGACUGGGUAGUACAUUCACUCAGUUUUUCAUAUUUUUUUUGCUCGGUCAACAUAAACCAUCUUCGUAUAGUUCGCUUUCAUUUGUACCAAUACAGAAGUGUCCGCAUUGCAAUGGGAAAUUCCGAGCCAAAGAACUCGAACACGCGAUUCGCCUUCAUGAAGUACUUCACUUUUCAUAGUUUGACGAUAAUUUCUUUCCCACAUCAUCGUGGUGGCCCCCAUCUUCGUAGGACCAAACUGGUUUAACUAAGUAUUUCCAUUUUCUUUAUGGAUUUGUGUUUGUAUGCAAACUUUUUUUUCCUUUGAUGUUCUGCGGUAGUGGUCGCAAAACGUUGACUGCAAGAACUGCUUACGUAGUUUGCUGACUUUACAGAGAUGAGAGAAGCUUCUAUCGUGCCUUCAUAAGCAAUCCGGGCGCAACGCUACUGCUAAUACUGUGUCACUGGCUAGUACACGGCUACCACUAUUGCUAAUAAGUUCUGCGCCGUUUCAGGUUUUUCCGAAUUUUGGACCCCUUCAAACGACUGAGGGCUUCUUUACUACGUUUCACGACUUCCUGGAGUACGAAACCUUUCGAACGAAAUGUGCAUGGACUUAAGGCUUUUUGUAGUAUCUAUGUAAGGCGACCCUUUGUUUCAGGAAGUCUGGCAUUAAGACGUCCUGUCGAUAGUUUCGGAGUGCUGAUCAGGGCAAUUCGCCAUGACCUUCGUUGGCUAUAGGGUUAGUAGUUGUCUCCGUCUGUGUUCCCAUAAUAGGUUAUUUAGCCUCCUCUACUAAGUAAACUCAUACGGUGUAUUAAGAAAGAGGUGUUAUAUUUCCUAGCAGACUCCUAGUAGGGCCAAGCCUACUAGGAAGCUCAAACUUGUGGGAGUAUUAGUCCCCAGCGGGGAAAGAUAUUGUGAAAAGUGUAAAUAUGCUGCAGCCUUUAACGGACUCUCUUCUGCUGUCAUCCAGCCGCCUUCACCUGUAUCUGCUCUACAGAGAUCCUGUUAUGGAUGUGA